GGAACGAGAACAAUGAAAUGCCCCGGAAAUGACAAGAAGGCAGAGCAUGUUAGUACUCUCGCAGUGAAACCAGGUGGUGCAGUUUAUAGUCAAGUGGUUGGUACGUUAAUCUUCAACAACUUCUCAAUACCUCACGAAAUCCCUAAAACUGGGCACCAGAGGAUUGUCUGAAACUCUACUAACUUUACAAUUAAGGAUAAACUAGAAAACUGAAGAAAAUUACGAGCUACUGUUGACAAAAAGCAGUAAAAGGAAGCAAAAUGAGAGUCAGGAUUGGGCCUACUGCAGUUUACAUUUUAUUUACUCAAUGUUUUGCUGCCUUAGCUGUGAAUUCUGCUGAUGCAACAGGGCCAAAGGUUUCUGCCAUUAACAACUCCCUUCGCAAUGAGGGUAAUUCUUCUGGAGAUCUUACUAAAACCAGCAGUGUUUCUGUAACUGAAUCCAAUCAGACAGGAGCAGUGUCACCUACAUUGAAACCAGGCCCAACAAGUAACAACACGAGUGCCUUAGCCCCUGGGAUUACUGUUGCCACAUCAACUAAAUCAAUGAAGCCUGCUGCGCCUGAUGGUUCUCAAACUUCUAAAACAGGAAUAACAGUAUUUCAAACAACACCGCCUCACAUUUCAAGUCACUACAUGCCCGAGUCCACUACGAGUGCAACAUUUGUUUCAACAGCUACAGAGAGUGAAAUUAAUGCAACGCAUCAAGUCUCAACAUCAAAAGUGACAACUGUACUGAAGCCAACACAGAGAGGGUUCACUGAAACAAAUAAACAGCCAACCAGUGCUGGUGUCACUCAACCUAAUACAGGUUCACUGUACUCGAUCAUAACAACUAAAACUUCAGGCACAAUCAUGCAUCUGAAAAAACAAGAAAUAAUUCUGACUAUCUGCUUGAGUACCAUUCUUGGAGUUGUGAUUCUAACUAUUAUUAUGUAUAAUGUCACCAAAUGCAAACGAAGGAGAGCCCAGUAUUCCCAUCGCCCUCUCUGUGCCACUUCAAAUGAGGAGUCAGGUUCAUUGGAAGCGUGAUCCAGCCACAGCAGGGAUUAUUGUCACCAUGGUCAUGCUAUGAAGUUGCAGAGAAAUGGAGGGUACCAGAUGUACUGGUAUGCUCCUCAUCUGUAGCUAUAUCCAGAAGAUCCCCUAAGGAUAUACAGGAAGGCCGAAGGCCAGAGUCCACCCUCCUCAAUGCCAUUUCCUUCAGAUGAAUUAGGCUUAGCAAUGCCACAAACUGAUGAUGUCCCAAGACACCAUCACAAAUCUAUGCCGACUGCUGGAGAAGGACACGUGACCUGAAGGGAUGUGACCAUUCUAUCCCAGUGGCUAUCAAGAUGAUGGUUGUGCUACGCAAAAUAAAACUUUUCACUGUACUUUGGUACAUGUGACAAUAAUAAAUCAAAUUUUAAAAAAUUAAGGAUACACUUUGUGGGAUUUCAUAACCCUCAAUGUGCAAAUAUAUCUAGAUUGUUACCAACACGAUUUAUGGCAGAUCACACCACACCAUUUCAUCUCCUUUCCCGUAUGGAGGGCAGGCAUUCCUCAGGUACAGACUGUACACACGUCAUUUGACACCACACAUAAAGCAGCAAACUUCAUCAGCAGAAAAGGAUUUCAUUACAUCAAUGUACAAGUCAUCUUUUGAUCAUUGGUAUAUCUAGGCACCUUGGGAGCUCCCAUUUACUUGAGAUCUUCCAUGUUGCUGCUUUGUUUCAAGGGCCAGAGGCCUUGUAAGGACAGUUACUGGGGAUCAAAGGGCUAGUCUCUGUAACCAUUGCUGAUUAAACAACCCCCUGAAUGAGGCUAAGCAGAGAUAUAAUGCCACUCAUUCUGCCACCAGGGCCAUCAUAGAGCGGAUAUAGGUGCCCUUGAAAUGACGUUCUGAUGCUUGGAUCAAUCUGCUGCAGGGACCUUGCAGAACAGCCCAGUCACUGUGUGCUGCAUAAUCCUUGCAUUCUGCACUCUGCAUAAGUAGAGUUGGGAAACAGGGGAUGUGAUGGAUGCUGAAGAGCUGGGAGAGAAGUCUUCCAAGGAGGAAUUCAAAGACAUUGAGCAGGAGGAUCAUCACCAGCACAAUAGAACCGUAUAGCGCCAGGCACAACAAAUCCAGUAGGACUUGAUAGAUACCUAGUUCUAAUAGAUAUUAACUGGGAGGAGUGAUAUUUCAUUGCCUUUUGAGCAGCAACAAAUUCACAGUCAAUCAGUCCCAGUUUGUUUCUAGAAGCAAAUGCAGAUUUUCAUUGCUCUUCUGUUGCUUUUGCUGUGUGAAUAAAAGUGAAUAUUUUCAACAGAGCUUUUCCAGUACUUGAUGGUCCAACAUUGAACAAUGAGAAGAUAUUAUGUUACACUGGGCAUUAGGCCAAGUGUAGUAGCCCCUUUAGGCUGCUGUACUAUAGUAUGACUCUAAGGACAGGUAGUCUAUUAAGCUUGUUUCUUGUAACUGCAGUUACCAUCACAGCCGCUCAGAUGGGUGAUGAUGUAAAUAGCGUUACAUUUUUGAAUAUGCACUUGUAUUUGCAACCGUGCCAUCUAUGUGCCCUCAGAAGCUUUUCAUUUUCAAUUCUUUCCCAUUACAUGCACUGAGAAGGGCAGCUGUUGGCAGGCAGCACUUGAUCUGCUGUAUAGCUAGGCUUUAAAAGUAAUACUAUCACCAGGAAUACCAACUGGUUCUAGCAGUGGCAAAUACAAUUGCCAUUGCUGAGCAGAAGGUAGUGUAAGCAGGGCACCAUAGAGACAUGGCUCAUAGUGUAUGAGGCAAGUUGCAGAGAACGGCAUGAGAACACUCACUAGAGCUCCUGGUGAGAAGCCUCUUUUUGAAACUCCCUGAAAUUGACGCUUAGCCAAUUUCUUUAGUAAAAUUCAGCCUUUUGUUUUCUUAAGAAAGUAUUUAUAAUAUUGCUGUAAAAACUUACUGAAGGAACAUUAUUCUGUUUUGAUGCUGUGAAAUCGUCGUGUUCAAUGCGGCUCAUGGAAUUUUUGGAUUGUCCACCAGCGAUACUGGUGAUGAAGAUCAGAGUGCUUAGAACACAGUAAUUAAGAACAUACAGUCUAACAAUUAAAUUUCUCCUCUUGGUUCCAUAUAAAUAAUUUCGUGGUUACAUCUCAGGGGUCUCUUCAUCUUGAUAACCAGUAUAACUGGUUGAAGGGUUAACAGUACAAUCUGUGACCAGUUCAGUUUGAACUUGAAAUGGCAAACAGAGUCCCUUCUAUGCCGUAAGAUAUUGAUUUGCUUCUUAAAUGCAGCUGGCUGGCUGACUGAAGCAGACAUCCAUGUUAGCCACUUAAUUGGCAAAUUUCCAAGAUGAUUCAGGUCUCCAAAACUUAGACUAAAGUCUAGACUUCCAUGAUGAACACUGGAGAAAAAUCAAAGGCACUAAACUCACUAGAGAUUAGUCUAAUUCUGUUGUGUGAAUGUCUAUUUUCUU